AUGUUCACAAGAAUUUAUUUAUUUUAUUGCGACAUAAACUUGGAAGGAAAAAAUGUAGUUUACCUUGGCGAAUUCGGUGGCAUAGGCAAAAAUUGUGUACAAGAACUGCUUAAGAAGCAAAUAAAAGGUCUGGCCAUUUUUGACUUACUCAUAGUGAACAUUUCCUCGGUGGCCGUACUUCAGCCCGCGCCUUUGAUGGCCAUUUACUCAACUUCCAAAACUGUUGUCACCACAUUUACCAGGGCCAUGGCUAGUCCCAUCUAUUUCGCUCACUCCGGUGUGGGCUUCAUCACCAUCUGUCCAGGCUAAACGGAUACCGGUAUUCUUGAGGAUAUAGAUAAGAAAACGACAUUCCCAUUUUGUAACACUCGCAUGCGGACAGUCUACAGCAAUGUGAAACGGCAGACGGUGGAGGUUUGCGGCCGGAAUACAGUCCACGCCAUCGAGAUGGCUAAGAAUGGAGCAGUUUUUAUGCUGGAACUGGGUGAGAUCCAAGAAUGGGACAUACCAAACCUGUGGAAUCCCCAGCUAGAUGAUUGAAUAUUCGUCUGUUUAAGCUGA